AUGGACCUGAAGAUCAGCAAUGGCACUCGUCUGGUCAGAGGAAGCCAGGUCACCUGCCACCCACCUGCCACCCACCUGUCACCCGACUGCCACCCACCUGUCACCCGACUGCCACCCACCUGUCACCCACGUGCCACCCACCUGUCACCCGACUGCCACCCACCUGUCACCCGACUGCCACCCACCUGCCACCCGACUGCCACCCACCUGCCACCCGACUGCCACCCACCUGUCACCCGACUGCCACCCACCUGCCACCCGACUGCCACCCACCUGUCACCCAACUGCCACCCACCUGCCACCCACCUGCCACCCACCUGCCACCCGACUGCCACCCACCUGCCACCCACCUGCCACCCACCUGUCACCCGACUGCCACCCACUUGUCACCUGACUGCCACCCACUUGUCACCUGACUGCCACCCACCUGCCACCCGACUGCCACGCACCUGCCACCCACCUGUCACCCGACUGCCACCCACCUGUCACCCGACUGCCACCCACCUGCCACCCGACUGCCACCCACCUGCCACCCGACUGCCACCCACCUGCCACCCGACUGCCACCCACCUGCCACCCGACUGCCACCCACCUGCCACCCGACUGCCACCCACCUGUCACCCGACUGCCACCCACCUGCCACCCGACUGCCACCCACUUGUCACCCAACUGCCACCCACCUGCCACCCACCUGCCACCCACCUGCCACCCACCUGCCACCCACCUGCCACCCACCUGUCACCCGACUGCCACCCACCUGCCACCCACCUGCCACCCACCUGCCACCCGACUGCCACCCGACUGCCACCCGACUGCCAUCCACCUGCCACCCACCUGCCAAUCACCUGUCACCUGACUGACACCCACCUGCCACCCGACUGA